CGCGCUCGGCCUUUCAGACGCUACCGAACACCGGUACGCUGUUGUACGGUCUUGCGUGUCCCGCGUUGUCGCUUCAGACCAGUUUGUACGUCCAAGUUUGCCCGUAGUAGCCGGUCCUCGCAGUGUGGUCCUCACAGUCGGCUCCGUGAAGGUCCAGAUCGAAGUGUCCUUGGAAGAAGGGGACCGGUCGCGCGAUUUCUUCCUCGUCAUGCGUUGACGAGAGGUUCCCUCGACGAACCCAGUGUAGAUAGAGAAGAACACCGGUGGACACGCUGCUCAACUACGGGGCUAACAGGUCCACAUCCCAUCAUGAGGGAUUCUAGCUCGCUGAGGAGCUGCCUCCUGCUGCUGCUCGUCGCCAACGCCGCCCUCGUGCACGCAUCCGAGAACGACGAUCUGGUGUUCGACCAGGAUGGCAAGCAGUUCAUCGGCGAGGCUCCGCUGAUAGAGUCGCGCCAACAAGACUCCUUGUUUCAUAGGAUAAAGAGAGGGCUGUGGGAUAUUUUUAGCCCAUCUGAAACGACAACUACCACUACCGAAGCUCCAGAAUCCGAAGACGACAACGCGGACAACGAGCUGAACAACGCUCCUCCAGUUCAGUCGGACGAGGACAAAGAGCCGCAAAGCUCGAAUUUGGAAAGGAUAACCCGAGAUAGCGCGGAAGAAUACGACGAUGAUGACGAGAAUAACGAGGUUGGGAACGCGGCCGAGGGUCGAAGGGAGCCAGCCAAUUUUGGUAAUACCGACGACGAAGACCUAGCCGGAUCUGGAGAAGUUGAAGGCAGCGCCACCGAGUUUGACACGAAGGUUAAUUACGCUUCCAGAAGAGAAAGAAGGUUCUACAGAAUAACCCUGACCGUUGGAGAACCGUACAGGAGGGAAUACGCGGACAGGAGCAGCAGAGAGUACAAGGAACUCAGUGGGAACCUGACGCAGCCGCUUGAGGAGUUGCUGAACCGUGACAUUCCCAACGAAAAUCACCACGUCAACGUUGUUAAAAUAUCGCCAACUUCUGACAGCUUUACGUCGCAAGUUACUCUAGACAUCGGCUCGACGUUAGCUGAUGAGACUGAGAUGCAGUACAUCAUCGAGAAACAGCUGCAGAUCCACUCGUUGGGCAACGUCCAAGUGCGUCCGGAUGGAUUUACCUUCAGAAUAUUCCAAGGGUUUGAAGAGGUGGAAUGCGAUCAGUCGGCUGAGUUAACGUGUAGAGACGGUACAUGCGUUCCAUUGGAGCGGCGAUGCGAUGGAAUUGCCGAUUGUAAGGAUAGUUCUGACGAAGAGGGCUGCUCCGAGACUACAACGCAGCCGAGCAUCAGGGAUUUCGGAAGAACCGAUCAUAACGAAAUUUUGGGAGUUGUACCAGAAGAAGACGAUGGAGAUAUAAACAGAGUUGAUUCGAUAUCUAGCAAAUGUCGCGCCGACGAUACAAUUCGUUGUAGAGAUGGAAGUCGUUCUAUCUGCUCUGUACAGCAAUGUGACGGCGUUAAAGAUUGUGACGAUGGUGAUGAUGAAGAUGGUUGUCCCCAUCCAGGUUGCAGCCCCGGAGAAUUCGCCUGCGACGUGUCUAGGUGUAUCUUGGACUCGCAGCGAUGCAACUUCGUCCAAGAUUGCGACGACGGAAGCGAUGAACACGACUGCAACUAUCCUGCCUGCACCGCCUCGCAAUUCAAAUGCGGAAACGGUCAGUGUAUCGACAGCGGCGGCCGCUGUAAUAACGUCGAGGAUUGUUUAGACAGAUCAGACGAACUUAACUGCCCUUGCGGAGAGAACAAAUUCGAAUGCACCCCAGGCUAUUGCGUGGAUAAAUCGAAACGCUGUGAUGGAUACCAGGAUUGUGGAAAUGGGAGGGAUGAGGAAAAUUGUCAGCACAUAACUCGAUGUCGAUCAGACGAGUUCGAGUGCUUAGACGGAAGUUGCGUGAGCCAGACCUCGAGAUGCGACGGAAGAUCCGACUGUCGAGAUCGAUCUGAUGAAAUCAAUUGCACCGUGACCACGUGCAGCGGAGAUCAAUUCAGGUGUCUGGAUGGAACCUGCAUCAGUAUCGACAAAAGGUGCAAUCAGAACAUAGACUGUCGUAAUGGAGAGGACGAGAACCAGUGUGGUUGCGGAGAGGCCCAGUUUCGCUGCACGGACGGACGGUGCAUCGGUUACGAGUUGCAGUGCAACGGGGUGGAGGAGUGCUCUGAUGGCUCUGACGAAAGGGACUGCGAAAAGGCCAAGUGGAGGAAUUUAUACAACGAUGAGCAUACGUUUCGCAAGUAUCUGGAAACAGCGAGAAUGCUGAACUGGAAUCACGUUGGUGACCUGAAGCAGCAGAAUUUGACAAAUCCAAAGAAACACCCGAAGAACGACUUUACCAUCGAUCCAUCCUCGAAUAAACUAUCUGAUAAAAAUUCGAGACCACAGAAUAUUUGGAGGUCCGUGCCAAAGCAUUCGAAUUCCUUACCAAGAAUAGCCAUCGAGAUAAACGAUCCGUGCUCGAUAAAAAUAGUCGAGAAAAAAACGAAUCCAGGGAACAUUUGGAGGUCCAAGUCGAGGAACUUGAAUCCCUCGCCACGAAUAGGUUUCAAAAUAAUUGACACUCCCAAUAGGAAUAGCUCGAGAUCUGCCAAAAUGAUGAUACGUUCCUUGAACGACGUGAGAGAUCUGACUGAUAAUGAGGCGAAGAAGCCGAAAAGGAACAGGAAGAAGAACCACCGAAAGUCUGAUGUUGAGAACGCAAUGUCCAGUGAAGUGUCAGUUCUGACGGAUUCCACAAAUUCCACGACUGUGGUCAACGAUGAAAAGGUGCGUACGAAGAAGAAGAAGUCGAGGAAGGGUAGGAAGAAAGGGCAGAAGGGUAGAUUCAGACACAUGUCCAUAUUUGCUGGCACAAAAUACCCAACAGACUCGACAACACCGGGGACUGUUAGCUCGACCGUCGGUGACGAUCCAAGUUCAAUGAAAAAUGAAAUACUUUCUAAUAAGAUUCAAGAAGAGAUGGAAGUAGAAAGUACUUUGAAAAGCGUGGAGGAAACUACGGUAUCAAAAUUGGAAGAUUUUUCGAUUACGCCGGAGAUUAAUCUUUCGACGAGGGAAGAAGAUGAAGUAACAUUGGAGGGCGAGGUGAACAGGACAACGGAUAGUGUCUUUGUUUCGGUGAAGGGUGAAUCUCUUAUUCUUACAGAAUCGAGUGAAAAAUUAUUUGUUUCCGAAGAUGAGAGUCUGGAAGAAGCCGUGGUAACCACGUCGGCGAGUACAGAACAGAUCAACUCCACUGACUUUUCAGAAAGUACAAAUUGGAAUUGGUACUCUGAAGAAGAUUUAGACAAGAAGUUGAACUUCACCGGGGAAGAAGACGCGUUGAGAUUGGACUCAGGGGAAAGAAAUACUUCCGAUAUAUCUGGGACUAAAUAUUUGUUGGAGGAAAAGCUGGAUUGGAGCUCGAAGACGACAUUCCUGGAAGAGACCACAGUGCCGGAUGCAGAAAAUUCUUCCUGGACUACGGAAAAGUACAGGACAUCGACUGUCCUAAGUUCGGAAGAAAUUUUAAUUGCUGACGGAUCUAAUCAGGAUUCUACGGAGACAUCAGAUAGCAGAAAAGAUAGCGAAGAGACGACGUAUUAUGACGAGAACUUGGAAGAGAAGGGAUCAUCGUCGGUAUCGUCGACAGCUUCUACGAUUACAGACGAGGAUUACAGUUAUAAUGUAUCUGCAAACGUGGAGACACUGUUGUUCGAAUCUAAUUUGAACAAUUCCAAGAUCCUGAUAGAUCUACUUAGUAAGGACAGGUUAACUGAUAAAAUUCUUCCUAAUUCUAUCGACCAAACCUUGGAAGCGAAGAUAUACAAUUGUACCUCGAAGUGUGUGAAUUUCUAUAGACAGAGAGUGUAUGAGUUGGAGGAGAAGUUGCGACAAGCAGGUAUCGAGAAGUCUCUGACAAGCGAGAAUAAGAUUGAUUCCGGAUUAAUCGAGGAUACCACACUUUCCAAGCCUGAAGACGACAGUAAUUCUUCAGAUUCUUUUCAGGACUUCUCGGAAUUCUCAGAGGUGUUCAACCAUAGUUUAACUAUAAAACCAAUUGAUUCUAAAUAUUCAGACGCCACAGAAUCACUGACGUUGGUGGAGACCGUGACAGAACUGAGCAAGAACAACAUCAGCAAAGAGUCCAAGGAAAUCAUUGACCAAGAGGAAGGGCAAGAUCAGCACAGUAAAACAUACUCCAGAGUAGACGACGUUACGGUUUCUACAGGUUUGCCAGCCACUAAGAGCUCCUCUUCCCCGGCUAGAAGAAAGUGCAAGAAGGAUGAAAAGACGAGCACAAAGCUCAGAGCUGACCAGGACGUGGAGGACGAUUGCGAAGAGGAUAUGACAGAAAGACCGAGCACUACAAAUUCCGAUCUCAUCUUCAAAGAGACUAGCACGACCGCGAACUGCGACCCGGAUCAGUUCGUUUGCAGCGAUGGCACGUGUAUCGCGGCAGACAAAUGGUGUGAUGGAUAUUCAGACUGUCCAGAUUAUGGCGACGAGUUUGACUGUAACGGCAAUACCAAUGGAGAUUAUGAGAAUGGAGUGAACGAGACCGAAGAAAAUUCCGCAUGUCCGAUGUGGAAAUUUGCCUGCGACGGGACCUGCAUCGACAAUAUCUUCGUCUGCAAUAGCGUAAAGGAUUGUGAGGAUGGAUUAGACGAAGCUGACUGUGGGAUGGAAGGGGUCUGCACACCUGCCGAGUGGAAAUGUGCCAGUGGUGAAUGCAUAGCUGAAAUCGAGAGGUGCGACAAUGUAACCCACUGUGCUGACGGAUCUGACGAGAUUGGAUGCGUAAGCGAAUGUCCAGUUGGAAUGUUUCGAUGCAACGACGGAUUGUGCCUGGACAGUAAGAGACGUUGCGAUGGUCGACAGCAUUGUAAGGACGGCUCGGACGAAAUCAACUGCCAGUGCCCCAACGGUGAGCGACCUUGCGACAACGGUGUGUGCAUCAACAAGAACUUCUUCUGCGAUAACAACAUCGAUUGCCACGAUGGUAGCGACGAACGCGACUGCAACAACGUGGUGACCCCACCAGCGGAAUGUCGUGCUGACGAGUUCACGUGUCGCGAUGGAACGUGUAUUCCGCAAUCCGCCGUCUGCGAUCGACGCCCAGAUUGCCCUCAUGAAGACGACGAGGCGAAUUGUCAUCAAGGUAGAACCACACUGGUGGGACUAACCCACGUGAACCAGGCUAGCAAGGAUUACAAUCCGGAUUAUCAGGCGCCAGCUAAUCUGAGCACUCCAAGGAGUUGUGCUCCGGAUGAUUUUGUUUGUGCUGAUGGCACUUGCAUCCCUGAAACUCACCACUGCGACCAUUUCUACGAUUGCCGCGACUUUACCGACGAACAGUAUUGCUUCGGCUGUGGCAAGGACCAGUUCCAGUGUGCUAAUGGAAAUUGCAUCAGAGCUGACCAACAGUGCAACAAUUUCAUAGACUGUGAUGAUGGAUCUGACGAAAAUUGUGAUCACAACCCUCCCCCAGUGUCUGACAGUUGUCCACACGGCUACGUCGCGUGCACCAGAGACAAAGAUUGUGUACCUCAGUCCUCUCUCUGCAAUGGGGUGCCAGAAUGCAGGGACAGAUCCGACGAAGAAAAUUGCUAUGGAGAAUCUCGUCGUCUCAACUUGAAGACUUAUCCAAGCGAGCAACUGAUCAAAGAAAACCCGCCGAAGCAAGGUCGUGAGGUCGUAUUCCAAUGUCGUGACGAAGGUCUUCUUCGAGCCAGAGUGCGCUGGCUACGAGGAAAUAAUCUGCCUCUGCCUCCUGGAAGUCGAGAUGUCAAUGGACGCUUGGAAAUACCAAAUAUCCAACUGGAACAUUCAGGAGUGUAUAUCUGCGAAGCUGUUGGCUAUCCUUCGUCCAUGCCUGGUCAGCAAGUGAGCGUGUACCUCACUGUAGAAAAGUUCGAGCCGCCACCAACCAACAAACCCCACGCGUGCCAAUACGACGAAGCCACCUGCAGCAACGGUGAAUGUAUUCCCAAAUCAUACGUGUGCAAUGGCAGACUGGACUGUACCGAUGGUUCUGACGAGAUGCGUUGCAGUCCGCACGGUUGCGAGCCAAAUCAGUUCCGCUGCAACAACACAGAGUGUGUGAGCAAAGUGUGGCGCUGUGACGGUGACAAGGACUGCGCCGAUGGCAGCGACGAAGAAGACUGUGCUCCAAACGCACCAGGCACUCCCUGUCGCUUCACAGAGUUUGCCUGUGGCAGCCACGAUCAAUGUAUACCCAAAAGCUAUCAUUGUGACUUGGAGAGGGACUGCAUAGACGGUAGCGACGAAGUAGGAUGCUCUCCAGUUUACAUAGUGAAACCACCUCCACCGAUGAUCAUUGUGUCUCAAGGAACAACUUUAAUGAUAACCUGCACAGCGAUUGGCAUACCCACUCCCGAGAUCAGCUGGCGUCUCAACUGGGGCCACGUUCCUCCUAAAUGCUACAUGACAUCGAUAAACGGAACUGGAACUCUCUCCUGCCCCGACAUGCAACCAGAAGACCAAGGAGCCUACUCCUGCGAGGCACUGAACAGCGCUGGCUUCGUAAUUGCCAUCCCCGACGCCAUCGUGAUCGUGAACAAGACCGGACCGGAGAUCUGUCCCAAGGGAACGUUCAACUCUGAAGCUAGAACCGCAGACGAGUGCAUUUCCUGCUUCUGUUUCGGAGUCGCUACCCAAUGUCACAGCGCCAACCUCUUCACUUAUCACAUUCCACCUCCUUUCGACCGCCACAGUAUCGUAAGCGUAAAAACUCAACCGGAUCUUCAAAUUCUAAACGACAUCACCAGACAAGUGCAAUCUGUGAGAGGUAUAGGUCGAGAUGGAGUGCAGCUGUACGAUGCAAACCAAUUGCCACUAGAUUCAAGAGAGGAACAGGAAGUUGCUUACUUCGUCAUGCCUGAGAACUAUCACGGAAAUCAGUUGAAAUCCUACGGUGGCUAUCUGAAGUACAGAGUAACCUAUAAUGGAACCGGCAUACCAAACACCGCGCCGUCGGUUAUUCUGACUGGAAAUAAUUAUCGACUCUUGCAUAAAGGAAAGCAGAUAAUAACGGGUUACGAUAACGAAGAGGCUGUCAGGUUCUUCGAUGGUGAAUGGUACAAGCAACAAGGGUGGGCUGAGGUUCCUGCCACCAGGGAAGAUAUCAUGAUGACACUGGAGAACGUGGACAAUAUCUUGAUCAAAGUACAGUAUGACGAUUCUCCGUACUUGGAUGUCCGGCUCACUAACAUAGUGAUGGACACAGCUGAUGUAAGGAAUACUGGACUCGGAUCGGCCUCUUAUGUGGAAGAAUGUGAAUGCCCCAUAGGAUACAGUGGCCUGUCGUGCGAGCAAUGUGCUCCAGGAUACGAAAGACGAGAGUCUGGUCCUUGGCUUGGUCAAUGUUACUUAGCCGCGCCGCCUGGUUGUCCUUUGGGAUAUUAUGGAGAUCCUGCGAGGAACAUUCCUUGCCAAAUGUGCCCCUGUCCACUCACCAAUCCAUCCAAUCAGUUUGCACGCACUUGUCACCUUGGAUCUGAUGGUCAGCCGACCUGCGAUUGUCCAGCAGGAUACAUAGGUCGUAGAUGCGAACAGUGCAACGUUGGAUACCGAGGAAAUCCUCUUAUUCCAGGAGACAUGUGUGUUCCCGAAUCUUCUUGUGACCCUGACGGUAGUCUCAGUACAAUCGCGGAUCCUAACACCGGCAGGUGUCGAUGCAAGCAAUAUGUGACGGGUCUUACUUGCAAUCAAUGUAAGGCGAACACGUUCAAUUUGGCAUCGAAAAAUCAAUUUGGCUGCAUCAGCUGCUUUUGCAUGGGCAUUACCGACAAAUGCGUCUCCUCCAACUGGUACAGGAACGACAUUCGAGUUUCGUUUACCAAUUCUGUCAGGGACUUCUCUCUCAUCGAGUCUAGAACACCAGAUAGUCUACCAAUCACAGACGGUAUUCGUUUGGACACAGUCAGCCGCGAAAUCAUCUACAACGAAUUCCCUAACCGUGGGAACAACGACGUUUACUACUGGCAGUUGCCUAGCAUUUUCCUAGGCGAUCAAGUUACCUCCUACGGUGGCAACCUCAAGUAUACUGUUCGCUAUGUUCCGUCUCCAGGUGGUCAGAGCUCGAAAAACAAUGCUGCUGACGUCGAGUUGAUCAGCGCCAACGAUAUAAACUUGCUGUACUUCUCCAAAGAGUCUCCCGAGCCAAAUACUCCCCAGACUUUCGUCGUACCUCUGUUAGAACAAUAUUGGCAACGCAACGAUGGAACACAGGCUGACAGAGAACACUUGCUAAUGGCCCUGGCUGACAUUCGCGCGAUUAGGAUCAAAGCCACAUAUACCACCCAUACCGACGAGGCUGCUUUGUCGUUGGUAUCCCUAGAUACAGCUGAAAAGUACAACACAGGUCGAGCAAGAGCCGUAGAGGUGGAGGAAUGUUCUUGUCCAGUAGGUUACAAGGGACUAUCUUGCGAGGACUGCGAUGUUGGAUACACUAGAGGUGGCGAAGGUCUCUAUCUGGGUACGUGCGAGCCUUGCUACUGCAAUGGUCACUCCAACCAAUGUAAUCCUGACACGGGAGUAUGCGAGAACUGUGCUCACCACACCACUGGCGACUUGUGCGAGUUCUGUGAAUCAGGAUACACGGGUGACGCGACUCGAGGAACUCCUUACGAUUGCACAGGUCGCGAGGUAAACCAUACUGAUUGCAACGAAAUGGGUUCGCGCAGCAGCUUGUACAUUGGUGACAGAUGCGACUGUAAACGAAACGUCGAGGGACGGCAGUGUAACAGGUGUCGUCCAGCUACGUUUGGACUGUCCGCGGAAAAUCCGGAUGGGUGUAGCGAGUGUUACUGCAGUGGACUGACCGAUCAAUGUCACGAGAGUUCCUUAUACGUUCAGCAGAUUCCCAUGUGGGUAUACGACAACCAACACGGAUUUACUCUAACCGAUUCGACGAGACAGGAAAUCAUCGACCACCGUGAUUUCGAAUUGAACUUAGCUACAAACGAAAUAGGAUAUCGUUAUCCAGAUAGCAGACGACGCAGCUUGUUGUGGUCCCUGCCGCCUAUUUUCACUGGCAACAAGGUUAAAAGCUAUGGAGGAAGUCUGACUUUGACUCAACAUAUCACUGCCAUUCCUGGGGCUCAGAGUUACAAGGAUCAAGAUAUUAUCCUAAUUGGAAAUGGGAUCACGUUGUUCUGGACGAAUCCUAUUGACAUCCAGCCUGACGUUCCAUUGACUUACUCGGUGCCAUUCAGAGAAUCAGAGUGGAAGCGUUUGACCACCGAGGGGCCUCGAGUCAGCUCCAGGACCGAUCUGAUGACUGUGCUCUCUAACUUAGAGGCGAUUUUGGUUCGUGCAACCCACAGCGAAGGAAUGAGUGCCACUUACAUUAGCGACAUAAGCCUAGACACAGCUGUGGAGCAUCCAACUGGAAACAGAAGAGCUGUCCAAGUGGAAGUUUGUCGCUGUCCAACCGGAUACGUUGGAACAUCCUGCGAGUCUUGCUCAACAGGUUACUACAGAGACACUAGCGACCGAUCCGUCAGCUACCUGGGCUCCUGCAUCCUUUGUCCUUGCAACAACAACGAGGAGAGCUGCGAGAUGACGCACACCGGCCAUGUGAAGUGCCACUGCAAGCCAGGGUUCGUGGGCCAGUAUUGUCAAUACACUGAUGGGCUGAUGGUAAGUCUAACGCCAGCGACGAGCGUGUUAAAGGCAAAUUCGUGGGUUCUGUUCACGUGCAGUUACAAGUCCCCAGACCCAUUUUAUAUCUAUUUCUCAAUGACUCCGUGCGACGGCUGGCCACUAACCUCGUCCAGCAUACCACCAGGGCCCAUUGAAAGAACUACUAAUGGAUCGUGGAGGAGCUGGUACGUUUAUGUCCAGCAGAAUCCUUUCAAUGUAAUAUGCUGCAUCGUGGACGAUCAUGGAACGGAACUGAUCAAAGUUAUAACGACGGUUACGCCAGAAGGCACAAUAUCGACCACCACGACAAGUCGUCCACCCGUAAAUCCACCAAAGAUUGUGGUUUAUAUCAGAGAACCCGAGUUCCAAAUCGUUGAAGCUGGAGGCACUGUUAGGUACCAUUGCUUUGAAAGAACGGACAAUGGAUCUUUGCACAUCAGAUGGGAAAAAGAAGGUGACGAACUACCAAUAGGAAGAAGCAUAGACGACAAGCGUGGCUUAUUGAUCAUUCGAGACCUGAAAGUGUCUGAUAGCGGCAUUUACAUUUGUCAAAUCAGCGAUGGAGUGCAUAUUGGUUACAAGAACGUCACUCUCACUGUUGGAGCUUUCCCGCGAAGUUUGCUGGACAUUCCAGUUCCACCAAGGGUUAUCGUCGAGCCAUCAUCUUUACAAGUAAUAGAAGGAGAACCAGCGGAAUUCCGGUGCGAGGCAACUGGGAAUCCCCCGCCACGAGUCGAAUGGAUUCGUGUCUAUGGUCCCAUGAGCCCAGGUGUAGUAGUUAACAAUGGAAUUUUGCUCCUGAGAUCUGCUUCGAGGUACGAUGCCGCCGAAUAUAAAUGCAUGGCAAGGAAUAACGUUGGCGUGGACGAGAGAACUGUCAUUCUUCACGUUGAAGAAAAAUCCACUCAACCCAUAAUACCACCAACCAUCACUCCGUCACAAUGGUUCGGCCAACCUGGAGAAACGAUCGUGAUAACGUGCGUGACAUCUUUAGUAACGAAUCUCACCUGGUCUAGAGAAAGAAACCCACUACCUCACACAGCCAGCCAACGUGAUGGUGUCUUAACAAUUGUAAAUCCUACCCCUUAUGACUCCGGUAUCUACGUCUGUACGUCGACCAGCUACAUAGGAAUGACCAACAGCACUAUCAACAUAACAGUAACGUCUAGAACACCAGCGCCGUUUGUCAAAGUGACGCCUGAGAAACAAACCGUUCCUCAAGGCAGCAUAGCUGAAAUAAGGUGUCUAACAAGCAGAGAAUCCGGUGAACAUAUGACGUGGAGCAAGUAUCUUCAACCGCUAAGCUCUAAUGUACGACAAGUAGGAGACACUUUGAGAAUUGUCGACAUCCAAAUUGCUGACAGGGGUAUAUACGUGUGUCGAGUCACUGGACCAAGUGGAACUCACGAAGCUAGCGCCAUGAUCGAGGUCGAACGCAGGGAACCUCCACUGGUAGAGAUCUAUCCCAAGAAUGUCCCUCCAGUUACUCUGGAUGGGUCCACGGAUCUCCAAUGUCGAGCAACUGGAAUCCCCAUGCCAGAGUUACAUUGGUCUCACGAAUCUGGUCGACCGUUCCCUCAUAAUAUUAAACAACUUCCUGGUGGCGUUCUGAGACUAACCAACAUCACAGCCAGCGAUGGUGGGUCGUACGUCUGUACCGCUAUCAAUCCCGCCGGAACAAAUUCAGCCAUGGUAUACAUAGAAGUUCAAUCCAUGCCUGUCAUCAGUAUAUCGCCCCAAUCUGGAAUGUUGCACGUGAGACCUGGGGAUAGGGUACGACUAUUAUGCAGCGCAAAUGGAUUUCCGGAACCUUCAGUUACUUGGAGCAGACAUCCGAACGUAGUAUCACUUACAACCAAUGAAGUGGCAGCCCCUCAUCAGGCCGUUUAUGAAAUACACUCCGCUUCUUCGAGUGACGAAGGUUCAUACAUCUGCCAUGCAAGUAGCAGAGUAGGAACUACUGAGGAACGAGUCUAUAUCAGAGUAGAAGAUAUAAAUGACGGAAAUGAUAACGCUAUACGAACGGACUACCUCAGAAUCCCCGAUGGCGGCAAGGUGGAAAUGCGUUGCCAUGUGCAGGAUUCCGAUGGACACAGAAUUUAUCUGGAUUGGAGAAGGGCGGACGAUAGACCUCUGCCAGCUGGUAAUUCCGUUGACAAUGGUGUACUGAUCAUCCCUGUCGUGGAUAAAAGCGCUGCAGGAGAGUACGUUUGCACUGGGAGAGAUCUAACUGGAAAUGUUCUCUUCAGAGCCACAUCUGUCCUUGAAGUAUUAUCCCCACCAAGGAUUGUGUUAAUCCCACCAAGGCAAACAGUCCGAUCCGGAGAAAAUCCAUCAAUCGAAUGUCGUACCACUGGUGACGAACCAAUGAACAUAGAAUGGGAUGCCAUAGGGCGUAGCUUACCUCAUUCGGUAACACACCAUCGUGGACUUCUCCAGUUCCAUGGAAUCACUUAUUCUGACGCGGGAAAAUAUGUUUGUAAAGCUACCAAUGAAGCAGGAACCGCUGAAGCUGUUGCUGAAGUUCUAGUGAAUCAAAAUCCUUACGAGAACACAGAAGUCAGACAUCUCGAAAGAGACAUGGUCACAUAUGUGGGACAACCUGUGCGUUUACGAUGCAUGGUCAGCGAUAGAGCAACAAUACACUGGUCCAGGGAAGGACUGCCAUUACCACCUAAUGCUAGAAUCAAAGACGAUUAUUUGGACCUACCUAGAGUAAGACUGGAAGACAGUGGAAGGUACAUCUGCCAGACCCAAACCUCUCAUGGGGUUUCCAGUGAUUAUGUUAAUUUAAAUGUCUCACUACUUAAUUUGCGUACGGAUUGCACGCGUGUGAACCCAAUGCAGUGCAGGGAAAGCAGUUGCGUCUGCAGCGUCCAAGGAUGCUUUCUGUUGGAUUACUAUUGCAAUGUGAAUGCUAUCUUCUAUCCUGAUAAUCGCCACUACUUCAACAACAAACGGUGGAUUCCCCACUAUCUUCAACAACUAGGCGCUACUACAAUACCUGCUGUCAGUGUGGAAGUCUCUCAGGAUCCAGUGAACAUUGGGGAUAACAUUGACAUACGUUGUGCAUGCUCUGGAACUCAUAAUCCACGUUACUACUGGUCCAGACCGAACCAUUCUAGUCUGCCACAAAAUGCUCAAGUGCAUGGAAACACUCUAAGAUUGUCUAACGUGACUGUCAGUGACAGUGGACUGUACAGAUGCACUGCAGACACUCCUGAUGGUACUUUCGAGCAGGACUUCAAUCUUGUUGUCCAUGGUGGAAAUAACGAUGCUCCAGCGAUUGAAACCAAGCUUGCUCCUUAUGGCUCCAGUCUAGAAAUGGAUUGUCGUCCUAGCAUCGAUCCACCACUGACGUUCUCCUGGAGCAAACUAGGAGGUAUUUUGCAACCUGACGCUCAAGUGUUUGAGAGCAAAUUGAAGCUAACCAACGUCAAGGCAGAGGAUGCAGGCACGUACAUCUGCACUGUGAACAACGACCAUGAAAAUAUAGAAAUACCGACUAUGCUUGUCGUAACUGGAGUAGUUCCAUACUUCAGUCAGGCACCUCAAAGUUUCAUUGCUUUACCUCCACUAGCUGACUCAUAUCUGAAAUUCAACAUAGAGAUUUCAUUCAAGCCACAGAGCUAUGAUGGUAUAAUCCUGUACAAUGAUGAAUCCAACCGUGGAAAUGGAGACUUUAUUAUGUUGUCACUGGUUAGAGGCUACCCACAAUUUAGCUUUGAUCUUGGUUCUGGACCAACUAUGAUUCGGGCAGAAAAGCCUGUAACACUUGGAGAGUGGCAUACUAUAAAACUCCAGCGUCACAGAAAGGAGGGAACCAUGUUAGUCGAUGGUGAAGGCCCUUACAAAGGUAUCGCAGAUGGCAGGAAACAAGGAUUGGAUAUGAAAUCAUUAUUGUUUGUGGGUGGAGUCCCCAGUAGAACCAUAAUUACCAAGUAUGCGGAGAUCAACAGUGGUUUCGUUGGCUGUAUCAGUAGAUUGGUAAUUGGAGAAAAGGAAAUUGACCUGAUUGGUGAUCAGACAGAUAGCUUUGGGAUCACUAACUGUGAAACUUGUGCUGAAAAUCCUUGUAACAAUGGUGGUGUAUGUCAAGAAGCUGCUACAAAGAAUGGAUACAUUUGUCUGUGUCGUGCUGACUACAGUGGCAAGCACUGUGACUAUGUUGGCCAACCUUGUUAUCCAGGUGCAUGUGGUGAAGGCGAUUGCAUAAACAAGGAAACGGGCUUCGAAUGCUAUUGUCCUUACGGAACAACCGGUGCUCGUUGCGAGAAUACGAUGAAGGUCUAUGAACCAGCCUUCCAUGACGAUAAAUCCUAUAUAGCACACGAUACACCUAAAGCUCUUAGGCGAUUGAAAGUAGCAAUGAACUUCAAUCCUCUGGACAAUCAAGAUGGCAUACUGAUGUAUUGUGCUCAAAGUGAAGAGGGACUAGGAGACUUCGUUGCGUUGGUAGUCAAGGAUGAACGUGUCGAGUUUCGAUACGACAUUGGUUCUGGCCUGGCGAUCAUUAGAUCAAACCAUGUUCUUCAACCUGGUGUAUGGACGCAUGUCUCCAUCAACAGGGACUUCAAGGAGGGGAAUUUGACUAUAAAUGGAGAACCUACAAUAGGAGGCAAGUCUCCCGGGACUGCUCGCACCAUGACGCUUAAUACACUACUUUAUAUUGGAGGCGUUGAUCGCAGAAGAAUUAUAGUGAACAGAAAUGCCGGCGUAAAUAGGACCUUUCGUGGUUGCAUCAGUGAUCUUGGAGUGUCUUCGAUGAAUGUAGACAUACUAAAGUCUGCCUUGGAUUCAGUAAACAUAGAUGACUGCAAUGUUCUACAUCCUAAUCAAACCAAGCUGACUACUGUAAUCACUAUUCCACCAUCCACUACGACUCCCUAUGAUCCGUGUGCCUCCAAUCCUUGCAUUCAUGGAAUGUGUCAGAAUACUGAUUCGUACGAUUAUUCAUGCACCUGUGAAUACGGCUACGUGGGAAGAAACUGUGAGAACAUUUUGAAGCAAUGCGAACUGUUGCUUCCCUGUAGAAAUGGAGGCACCUGUACAGACCUCCAUGGGUCCUACAAAUGCGAUUGUCGCUUAGGCUACAAUGGACAGAAUUGUGAAAAAUUGGCGGAGGUAACUUACGAUGUUGCAUUCAGAGGAGAUGGUUGGUUAGAGUUAGAUAAGUCUGUAAUGACCCAUGAAGAAGAACGUGAGGUGUUAGGUUUUGAAAUUUCAACGAACAAGACCAAAGGACUGAUCAUGUGGCAUGGGCAGACGCCAAAUGAUCUUAAUCUUGAUCACUACAUGGCUCUUGCUGUGGUUGAUGGUUAUGUAGAGUAUCAAUACAACCUGGGUACAGGACCAGUAGUGAUUCGUGUCACUGCACAGAAGGUAGAUGAUGGAGAACGACACAGAAUAAUCUUAAAGCGUCAGGGAAGUGAUGGAAGUAUAGAAUUAAAUGGAGAACACAUGGAGAGCAGUGCUAGCUAUGGAACACAGCAAGAUUUGAAUGCUAGAGGCAGCGUGUACUUAGGUGGAGUACCAGACUAUGCUAUGACUUAUGGAAAAUAUCAAGAAGGAUUUUCUGGUUGUAUUUACACCAUGGAGGUGCAAGAUUCUGGGGCCAUAGACAUUGGAGAAAAAUCUAUAAGGGGAAAGAACGUUUCACCAUGCACUAGAGCAAGAUGGAUACCCUCUUCCUUAGUAUUUACCAACGCGGAUACGGACAUCUUCGACGCGUUUGUUCCUCCACCUCCUGUCAAUAUAAUCCACCCUAAACCAGCGGCAAAUUUGGCUGCGUACAGUAUCAAAAAUUACUCAUUGUUAAUCCUACUUCAAAAUCUGCUCGCCUUCACCAUGGAUAUCCGAGAGCAGAGCGUGCUUUUCACAGUAUUAUGCAUAGACACUAUAAACGCGAUGAAAUGUAUAUUGAGUUAAGUGUUGUUUAAUUGGAUUAGAUCUUGUUUAAGUGAAUACGUGUCCUUUCAACAAUGAUUUAAUAAUGAAGAAACACGUAUUCUCUGGUAACUUAUGGAAUUAAUCCAUUUUGUAAAUUGUUUAACGCUUCAUUAACAUUGGGGACAAGUUAUUUGGACGAUAGACUUCCAACAAGAGGCGACCUUGGAAAGAUAUGGAAGUGGUUUAUUUAAGUGAAGGGACAAUUAUAUCAUUCAGUUUGUAAAGCCUACCAUGGCAAAUGAUAUAUGUAUAAGCAGUUUUAUAUCUGUACGUGUACAGAAUAUGUUUCUGACAACAUUUUAUAACCGAAUUAACUACAUUUUAUACAGUUCUUUGUUUUUAUAAAGUA